CCUUGUGGAAACAGGAUGAAGUUGACCAGUGAAAACUUGCCCAAGAACCCCUUUUAUACCUCCCUGUCCCAGUAUGCUGCUAAGAACCCAAAAUUCUUCCAGUGGAGAAAGGAAAAGACUGAUCAUUACAGCCAUGCUAAUUUGGUGGAUAGAGCAUUGCAACUCUUGAAGGAAAGAAUAAGAAGAGGGGACGCUAUGGCGUAUUUCCUACGAGGUCAACUAUAUUUUGAAGAGGGAUGGUAUGAAGAAGCUUUAGAACAGUUCGAAGAAAUCAAGGAAAAGGAUCAUCAAGCAACUUACCAGCUAGGAGUAAUGUAUUAUGAUGGGCUGGGGACGACUCCAGACGCUGAAAAAGGAGUGGAAUAUAUGAAGAAAAUUGUUGAUUCUCCAUGUCCCAAAGCAAGACACUUACAAUUUGCAGCAGCUUACAACCUUGGAAGAGCGUAUUAUGAAGGAAAAGGCGUCAAACGAUCAGAGGAGGAUGCGGAAAGACUGUGGCUUUUUGCCGCAGACAAUGGAAAUCCAAAAGCUAGUGUGAAGGCUCAAAGUAUCCUAGGAUUGUAUUAUUCAACAAAAGAGCCUAAAGAAUUAGAAAAGGCAUUUUAUUGGCAUUCAGAAGCGUGUGGCAAUGGGAAUCUGGAGUCCCAGGGUGCACUUGGGCUCAUGUACUUUUACGGACAAGGCAUCCGCCAGGACACUGAAGCUGCCCUGCACUGCUUACGGGAGGCAGCGGAACGUGGAAAUGUCUACGCUCAAGGGAAUCUUGUGGAGUAUUACUUUAAGAUGAAAUUUUUCACAAAGUGUGUUGCAUUUUCCAAAAGGAUUGCCGACUACGAUGAGGUUCAUGACAUCCCCAUGAUAGCCAAGGUCACGGACUGUCUCCCGGAAUUCAUCAACAGAGGCAUGGCCAUGGCGUCCUUCUACCACGCACGCUGUCUUCAGCUUGGCUUGGGUAUCACAAAGGAUGAAGCAACAGCUAAACAGUAUUAUUCUAAAGCCUGUCGUCUGAAUCCUGCACUGGCAGAUGAACUUCACUCUUUAGUUAUUCGUCAAAGAAUUUAGACCAUAAUGCAUUGCAACAAAGAUCGUCCAUCCUAACACCUUAAAAGGUCUGAGAAAUGCUAAAUGCAGGAAUUUGACAUGUGACACGUGGUAAUGUGCUAUGCUUAAAAGUCUUCCGUGAAUCCAACAGAGGAUUUAAAAUUUCACUUCACUGUCAUUACCACAAAGCUGGUGCUCCUGGCACAGGUGAGCCCCUGCAACUACCACUGCCACAGACCACGGCGUCCACCUCGACCUGAGAGGGAGCCAGUCACUGACUCAAGAGAGUUGAAGAUUCCAGAUCAUUAAUUUAAAAAAAAAAAAAAAAAUCAAAACUUCUGUAAGAUUCCUGAUAGGUGAUGUCCCAUGAAAAAGUGAGAAUUUAUCUUAAAGAAACAUUGAGGAGUCAAAAUAGUUAUUUUUCUCAUUUCCAGUAUAAACUUAACAGCUGUAGUUUAAUUAUGUAUCAGAUGGACAUUUCCAGGAACUGUGUUAUGAUGAGCUGCUGGGGCUCAGUGACUUCCCACUGCUUCUCUCCUCUGAAUGUCUUUUCUACACCCCUACGAUGGACAAUGCUUAUCCACAUAGACGGCCAACUUUGUGUUUCUUCUCAAGUGUUAAAUAUCACUCUGGUUUGAAAAAAGGAUCAAAGAGCUAUAAUUAAAAGAAUCCCAAAGAUAAAACUUGGCUUACUAAUUUUUAAUCAUUUGUCUUUCAGAACUUAUGUUUCAUAUCAAGAACUUGGCAGGUAUGACUUAUCAAUGAUAUAAUAAACACCACUUUAAUAUGUAUAGUGUUUUUCUUUCAUGGGUUUCAGACUGAACUUCUGCCUAUUAAUUGUUCUGCUUUCAGCAUUCCUGAGGGUUAGGGAGGGGAAAGUGUUUCAUUAUUGCUGUAUAACAGAUGGUGAAACUCAAGAAGUUGAAGUGACGUACCCAUGGCCCACUAUUAACAACAAAACAAAACAUCUGUGCCCUGGAUCUCACCCAAUGCCCCUACUGGUCCACAAGAUGUAAUGAUAGACUCUGGUCCCUAAACUCCCCAAAGUAACUUCCCUCCCCUUUCUUUUUCCAUGUCUCAUUCCUGCCCAUCCUUCAAAGCUCAGCUCACACCCCGCCCCCAUGCAUCAUUUCAAGCACUAAUUUGGUUCUUCUAAUUCACUCUAAAAAUCCCAUUUUGUGGGGGGGGGGCCAGCCUGGUGGUGUAGUGGUUAACUUCGCAUGCUCCACUUUGG